AUGAAGCCGCAGUACUGCGUCAGUCGGUUGUCGGCAACGCCCGCUCGUACAGAACCGCAUUGCCACUCGACGCGGCCACACCGCCGCCAGAAAACACGCAGCGCGGCCCUCUCCACGCUACUCCUCGACGUGGUUUGCAACAAACAUCGCUCCGACCAGCACGUCUAUGCCGGCGACAUGCCGACCGCAGCACACAAAGCGCUUCGUGUUGACAUCGUUGCCCACAACGACCAGAGCCGAGUGUCCUCAUCCACCGAAGGCUCUCGCAUGCCGUCGCUGUGCUCCAGGUCGAUGGAGCCGCGGUACUAUUACCGCGGCUCCAUCGACCUGGAGCACAGCGACGGCAUGCGAGAGCCUUCGCACUGCGGCUCCAUCGGCCUGGACCACAACGACGGCGUGCGAGGGUUUUCGUUGGAUGAAGACAGACUGAUGGGGACGGUUGGCGAGGACGACGGGCGUGAUCUCGCGCUAUUGCAGCGCUGCCGCGGUAGUAUUGUGGCGUCAUUGCUCGUAUCUACGGCCAGCGUGUCGGCUCUGGUCGCUGUGGGCGGCGGUGUGGCUGUGUCGAGUGGCAAUGCGCACUGCGGCUCCAUCGGCCUGGACCACAACGACGGCGUGCGAGGGUUUUCGUUGGAUGAAGACAGACUGAUGGGGACGGUUGGCGAGGACGACGGGCGUGAUCUCGCGCUAUUGCAGCGCUGCCACGGUAGUAUUGUGGCGUCAUUGCUCGUAUCUACGGCCAGCGUGUCGGCUCUGGUCGCUGUGGGCGGCGGUGUGGCUGUGUCGAGUGGCAAUGCGCACUGCGGCUCCAUCGGCCUGGACCACAACGACGGCGUGCGAGGGUUUUCGUUGGAUGAAGACAGACUGAUGGGGACGGUUGGCGAGGACGACGGGCGUGAUCUCGCGCUAUUGCAGCGCUGCCACGGUAGUAUUGUGGCGUCAUUGCUCGUAUCUACGGCCAGCGUGUCGGCUCUGGUCGCUGUGGGCGGCGGUGUGGCUGUGUCGAGUGGCAAUGCGCACUGCGGCUCCAUCGGCCUGGACCACAACGACGGCGUGCGAGGGUUUUCGUUGGAUGAAGACAGACUGAUGGGGACGGUUGGCGAGGACGACGGGCGUGAUCUCGCGCUAUUGCAGCGCUGCCGCGGUAGUAUCGUGGCGUCAUUGCUCGUAUCUACGGCCAGCGUGUCGGCUCUGGUCGCUGUGGGCGGCGGUGUGGCUGUGUCGAGUGGCAAUGCGUACUGCGGCUCCAUCGGUCUGGAGCACAACGACGGCGUGCGAGAGCCUUCGUUGGCUGAGGACGGACUAGUGGGGAAAGCAGGCGAGGACGACGGGCGUGAUCUCGCGCUAUUGCAGCGCUGCCACGGUAGUAUCGUGGCGUCAUUGCUCGUAUCUACGGCCAGCGUGUCGGCUCUGGUCGCUGUGGGCAACGAUGUGAACAAGAAGCGCUUGUGCGCUGCGCACUGCGGCUCCAUCGGCCUGGACCACAACGACGGCGUGCGAGGGUUUUCGUUGGAUGAAGACAGACUGAUGGGGACGGUUGGCGAGGACGACGGGCGUGAUCUCGCGCUAUUGCAGCGCUGCCGCGGUAGUAUCGUGGCGUCAUUGCUCGUAUCUACGGCCAGCGUGUCGGCUCUGGUCGCUGUGGGCGGCGGUGUGGCUGUGUCGAGUGGCAAUGCGUACUGCGGCUCCAUCGGUCUGGAGCACAACGACGGCGUGCGAGAGCCUUCGUUGGCUGAGGACGGACUAGUGGGGAAAGCAGGCGAGGACGAGGGACGUGAUCUCGCGCUAUUGCAGCGCUGCCGUGGUAGAAUCGUGGAGGCACUGCUCGUAUCUAUGGCCAGCGUGUUGGCUCUGGUCGUUGUGGGCAACGAUGUGAACAAGAAGCGCUUGUGCGCUGCGCUGGAGCACAGCGCCGGCGUGCAAGAGCCUUCGGUGGAUGAGGACGGACUAGUGGGGAAAGCAGGCGAGGACGAGGGACGUGAUCUCGCGCUAUUGCAGCCCUGCCGUGGUAGUAUCGUGGAGGCACUGCUCGUAUCUACGGCCUGCGUGUUGGCUCUGGUCGUUGUGGGCAACGAUGUGAACAAGAAGCGCUUGUGCUUUCGUCUGUUCGGUAGUGGCAUGCAAGCUCUCGCUCAAGAAAUGAAAAAACGUCGUGUGCCAGCCGAUCGACUGGACGACGUGGUGCGUGCCCUCGUCAUUGCUUGCCGCGUUCCCGCUGCUGACUCCGCAUCCAUCUCUGUCCACCCCGACGCCCCCGCCAAGAGCUCCGUUGCGAUCGCCACAAUCACCAGCUUCUCGCCUGGUCCAGCGAGAGAUACCAGUUCCCUGGGAGCUCCACCAUGCUCGGCGAAGUCCGGCAAUCAAGAGAUCGACGCGGUCAGCGCUGCGACGACCAGCCAGAUCAGUGACGACGGUUUCGCUAGCGACGAAGACUACACGUAUGACGAAGGCGAAGAGAAAGAGGAAGAAGGAGGUGUGCAUGGCGUUAGUGCUCCUAGUCCGGCGAGAGCUCCUAGUCCGGAGAGAGCUCGCCGGACGACGAGUGCUCCACGCUUGGCGAUAGCUCCCGGUCCACCGAGAGCAGGUAGUCCUCCUGGAGCUCCUAGUCCGCCGAGAGCUUCUAGUCCGCCAAGAGCAGCUAGUGCCCCGACAGCCUCUAGUCCUCCGCCCGGCUCACCAGGAGAGACGACUGACGCUGAGUCCGAGACUGACGAGGACCCGCCGCAAGUUGAUGAAGUACCGCCUGAGGAGAGGGCGUAUCCCUACGUGCGCGUAGUUGGUACUGAGCGAAUGGCGGAUGGAGAGAUCCGAGCGUGGGUGGAAUGGGAGGACACGCUCGAACCUUUGUCCGCCUUGUACCCUGCGGAUGCACGCGCCCUUGCAAGGGUCUUGAUGAACUGGCCCAAUACACUGGAGCCACUUUCGAACUUGGUACCUGCGGACCGAGAGCAGAUUGAACGUGCUAACGGUAUUGCAGGCAACUAA